AUGGAAGAUCCGGGUGCUUUUUGUGAACCAAGUCCAUCAGAAUCACCUUAUUAUUCUACUAAAACACCAGAAUCAUAUGGUCGACCUUAUUGUGCUGAUUUUUGUAGCCAAGACGCUCGGUUUUCCGAAGUUGAUCGUGAUGUAGACGAGGUUAAUUGUGGUAUAGAUGAAGUUGAUACGCCCUUACUGCUCGUUGAGUGCUCAUCAUUAUUAACAAAAGAAAGUAGAAAAUGUGGGACUGUAAAAACCAGUUCAAGGAGUCUACAACCUCACUUAUCUACAGUAAGGCACCAAAAACUAUCUUCAUCUUCAUACCAACAUAGGCCACAGUCUUCAUUAUCCCUACAAAUCUUCCAAAAUCUACCGUACAUUCUUCUGCUCUGCCUAAUUCUAUGCCUACCUAGUGCUGAAUCAGCACGUCUCGCAGGUCAGAGAUGUACUCGCAACAGUCUGAACCUCGGUAGUAUCAUAGAACAGCUUCUGAAAGACUACGAUACGCAUCUGUUGCCAGAAGCCGACGGUGUGAAUGUGACGAUAGAGCUUCACGUGCAAGGAGUGUCGGGUAUCUCCGAAAUUACCGGUGAUUUCGAGUUGGACGUCAUGUACAGUGAGAUAUGGCUGGACCCACGGCUCAGCUUCAAGCAUCUGAACGUGUGCACGACCAACAUCACGCUGAAGAGCGACUUCAGAGAAAAGAUGUGGACACCUGAUACGUGUAUCAUCAAGUACGUUUAUUUACACGACGGGGGUCAAAAAGGGACAGUUGGGGAAAUGAGACGAGGGGGGAGGUUCUGACAUUUUUUAUGCCAAUUUGUUUUUGUUUUGUCACAACAAAAAGGACAAUUACCUUGUGGCAUUCGAGAGUACGUGUACUAUUUUGAGAGAUUAAAAAUGACGUUUUUGAGGAUUAUAAGUUCAGUUAAUCAAAAGCUAACAAUAAUGAAUUAAAAAAGGUCAAACAAAGAAUGUGCCAAAAAUAGAUACAUCAUAUAACCUAGCUUUACUUAAAAAAUAAGUGGUAAACAUAAAAUUUUGAAUUUCAGUAGUAAAGAAGCAUCGAUCCACAAAUCGCCAUCCGAAAACACAUUUGUCAUUUUAUACGAACACGGGUUAGUAUGGUCUAAUUUUCGACUCAAAGUUAAAGCGCCUUGUAAAAUGGACUUGGUAAGUCGUGACAGUUUUGAGUUGAGUCAUGUCUUGUUUUAAAAUUUUUGUUAAAAAACACAUUAGAUUAAACCUGAAAAGGGGCCACUAGCCCACAGCGCAGUCUGGACUGGGCCCUAAGCAUGAGGAACGGGCCGGGCCAGGCCCAAUUUUCAUUUUAAAUUUGAGUUAGGGCCCGCUCCUCACGUCUACUUAAACCUGCCUUGUGUCGAAUUGGACCGGAGAAAAUUUGAAAAAGGCCGGGCGGGAUCGUGAGGACCCAAUAGUCAGGCUUAAGUCCAGACGGGCAGAUAAGACAACUUUUUUAUUUUUUUGCCGUUAUAUUUUAAAAAAUACUGUUUUUUUUACUUUUACCCUUUCUUAGCCAAAAAUUACCCGCUUGGUUCUAAGCCUGAAUAUUUUUUUACUAACCUUACAUUUUGAAGUGUCAAAAAUCCUUUUUUUCAGAAAAUGUUUCCCUUCGACUCAAUCCAAUGCCAACUAGUAUUUGAAAGUUACUCCUUCAAUACGGACGAAGUACGGUUAUUAUGGCACGAUGUUCCGGUGACUAUGAUGGAAGAUGUGGAACUGCCCGAUUUUGAUCUGAUUGGAUGGUCUACAGACCACCAACGACUCGAGUACCCAAAUGGAGUUUGGGAUCGAGCUCAGGUCAAGUUUACGUUUGCUCGGAGAUACGGUUUCUACCUCUUUCAAUCCUACUUUCCUACGUCGCUGACUGUGAUCAGUUCGUGGGUCGGGUUCUUCUUCGACGUGCGAUCAGUUUCGGCCAGGAUUACGUUGGGAGUUUCUAGGUAGGUUGAUAAAUUGCGAAAGUUUUUUUGGAACACUGUAACUUUUCUCCAAUUUUAGUUGGAAGCCAAUUUUGAUACCAAAAUCCUUUGUAAAAAAACCCUGUAAACUUUUAAAAAAUUUUGAAUUUUUAGUUUGCUAGCCUUGACCUUUCAAUUUGGAAACGUAUUACGUCAUUUGCCAAGAGUCAGUUAUAUCAAGUGCCUUGAUGUUUGGAUGAUAAUAAGGUAAGAUUUUAAAACUUUUCAGUUUUUCUAGAAUUAUCAAAGAUUUCGUAUUUUACUUUUAAAUUUAAAUUAUCCUACCUACCAUUACUGUGUGAUUUCAAAUUUAAAUACCUAAUAUUUCAGUGUAAUUUUCAUCUUCUGCACCCUGGUAGAAAUGGCGAUCGUAUGUCAGCUGAGCCGAUGGGAACGUGAACAACAAAUCGGUUCGAAAGUUCUCGGCCACUGGUUGAAUCAGAUCAGGAAGACUCGAAAACACGAGGGAAAGAAUGGCAGUGAAGCAAACGGUGUGAAGAAGGGCGGUGGCUUUGCAGCUCUACUCAAAAGUAAAACAGCCGAGAACAAGGAGGCGAAGAAGGACGAAGGGCCGAAGCUACGUGCUGUUGUAGCCAACAACGUGGACCACGGUAGCCGUAGUCCGAGUCCGUCGUUGAGAGCCAACACCCCCGAGUCCACGCGACUGGCGGUACCAUUAGGCGGCCAAGAAGGUGGUUCUACUGAUGAUAUUCCAAAAACGAUGCGAUUCCCAAACUCGAGAAGUCGCUUCUCGGUGUGCACGUGUUGCAAGGGCUGGCGACGGCGGCUGCAUCGCUGGUACCAAGAACGCGACUUCCAAAUCACUUCCAUACAGGUCGACAGAUGCUCAAUGAUCAUGUUCCCACUCUCUUUCCUCUUCUUCAACAUUGUGUGAGUUUGAGUGUAAUGUGGAGUUGGACCUCGUUAGUAGGCAAUUUCAAGAUAUACCUAUUAGGUUGGCUAAAUAAGAAUGAGCCUUUAUAAUGGGCAACGUUGGAUAAUAAUAGGUUGUUCAAAUACUUAUGUGCCACAUCUGAAAGAAAAUUUUACAAGUUAGGGGGCACAGAAUGUUCAGAACAACCUAAAAUAACAAGUUUAAAACCUCCUCGUACUAAAACAUUGUUUGCAGGUACUGGUCCGUUUAUUUCUCCAAACUCGAUCGUCCUUUGUGA